AUGCCUCAGGGGGGAUGUCGAAACGACCUUGAAGGCUUGGUCUUUGACAACCAGACGCCGGAUCUUCCCAAAAUUCCUGGAGAAUUCAUAUUAGAAAACAUCUUUCAGAUUAAUUUGCGACGAUCAAAAUGGGUGAAUCUCGGUGUCAUUUUCGGCAUGAUGAUCAUCUACCGGCUCAUCUUCUUGAUGAUGAUCAAAAUAAACGAGGAUGUGGCCCCUUCAGUUCAUGGUUGCAUAGCAAGGAGAAGAAUACAGCGAAGAAAGAGAAAUCAGAAUACUUCUGUUGGUGUCAUUCAAUCCCCUUCCCCAGGACCCAUGUGA